AAACGGGAGACAAGUGUAUCGACAACCGGUAUUUUCGCUAUGCAGGCGUUGAUGGAAGCAGCCACGGUGGCUGGAACCGCUCAACACCGAUCGCAUGCCGAUCUGGCCAGGUGCAUCUGGCUCCUUACCCUUGAUGAUGCUGGAGACUCCUUCAACAGUCUAAUUGGAAGUACCACUAAUGCCACAAACGCGUCUCCUUCACCUACAACUUCGGCCUCGGGUACUACCGUCACGGUCUCUGGUUCGCAGUCCCAACGCCUUGCUCGCACCUUUGAGGAGCGCGCUUCCCGUGUCCAUCCGGACGCCUUCCUCCCUUGGUUACCCAGUCUCUCUGUCUGUCUCCUUCGUCCUGAAGGUCGUUACGUUGCUAGUGCACUACGCGGUAUCGCACUGGCCUACCCAACUGCUCUAGCCUCUGUUCUACGUAGUCUUCAACACCAGCUCGCCAUCGAAAUGGAUCGCGAUCGUCGUAUCGCUGCUGCGCUAACUGAUCUCAGCCCUGACCAACGACGUCGAUUGGACGAGGCAUACUCUCAUUGUAUCGACCUUGCGCGUGAGGAUGCCCGAAGACGGGCUGCUUCCUCAACUCCAGCAGGCUCAGCGGAGCAUUCACAGCAACAACAUCAGCAUCAAAGUUCAAUCAGCAUGGGAGGGAGUGCAAAGCGAGCGAAAAAACGCGUAGUCGUAGUGAUGCGAGGUGCUGAGGGUGAGAAACUAAGCGAAGCAACGAGUUCUCAGUCCUCUACUGAGGGCGUGAGGGAGAGUGUAUCUGGAGAGGUUCAAGAUAUGGAUAUGGAUGAAGAUGAUCCAGACUCAUCGGCUCCCAAUGUACCUGAAGAUUCUCCUGGAGCCGAAUUUGAGGAUGCGGGUGGUGUGCGAACAGGCUAUCUAUCACCAUCGGUGGGUGAGGGGCUACAUCGAGUCAAUCUCUUGUUUGCCCAAUUGCGUCAGCGACAUGCUGCUCGACUGUAUGUGUCUGAUCAGUUUGUGGAGUGCACUGCGGGCCGUUUGUUGCCCAGUUGGUCGGAAAAUCUCCUCCAUCAUUUGCGCACAGCCCUAGAUCAUUUGCAUAAGAUCGCUUGGGCACAAGUGUCUCGUGCCGUUCGUCGUCCAUCGGCUUCUCUCGGUCCAUUUCAGGCGUCUCUUCAUGGUCUCUCGUCGUCUCCAUUGCCACCAUGGAUGGCGAAAGAGUUAAUUGACAUAGUAGCCUGCUGUGGACUACCGCCACCCAUUACUGCUUCCACUGAUGACCUUAUAACAGACGAUGCAGAAAAUCGCUCUGGCUCUACUCUCAUAUUUGCAGAUAAUAUUCAGCUAGCCUACACACUCCUAGCGAAUGAAGCUGAGGCUGAUCCAUGGUUCAAACCCACCAAAGAAUCGCUUAUGCUGGCUAUAAGUAAUGUUGGGUCGAAGACAUUGUUGGAAGCCAUUAGACUUCUUUCCAAAGAACUGAUUCCACUCGUUGAACGUCGAGUUGACAACCUUCCGCACGUCUCCAAUCUCUCCGAUCGUGGCGCGGGUUAUCUGAUUGAGCUCAUUUCUUCACUCAAUGUUCAAUCAAUUCUAAACCCUUUCCCUAAGUGCGUCCAGACCUCUGCGACCACAUCCACAAACACUGCACCAACCACGUCUGCAGCUACCCUCCUAGAGUUACCUGGUGAGGCAGUUCGCUUAAAGUUCAUUUCUGCCUUGCAACAACAAACUCCUUACCAAGGAGCCUCAAGCAACCCCAAUCCCAUCGUUGCCGCCACGAUUGCCAAUAAUGCAGCUGUUGAAGGUCAUCAGCCUGGUCUACUCUACUUGGCGGAUAUUUUACCCACAGUGGUGCGUGUGCCCUCGGCUGGAGGCAGACGAUUGGCACUGAGAGCAAAUAAUGGUCGUGUCUUUCACUAUGACGUGCCUUGUCUACCCAGAGAGGCGCCAGCUGGCAGAGGUGUCUCUGUGUUUGCCGCUGAUGCCACCGAGGCAAGCAGUCUGGCGCCGACUCUAGCAGCUUACGAAGGAUGGCGUGAGAUGUGGUGUCCACCGCACCUCUUCCAGGUUCUCAAUACUAUCGCCUCAAAGUCUCCAGAGACGGCAAAACGGAGGAUCAGUCUGGUUACACCUCGUACUUUGGACUUGGGUCCUCAUGGAAUGCGACUGAUCCAAGCAGGUACCUCCAUCCCUGCCACAUGUGUCGUGACAGCAAAUGCUGUUGCCUUUGGAAACCCUACAGUAACUGGUUUUGGAACUCUCUUGGCUCAGCAACUCCACGCACCCACCAGUGGUGCUGUAUCCCAGUCCGUCUCCGCUUAUCCCUCCUCCGUAUCUGUGCCCAUUACUGGCGCUAGUCUUUUGCCGCCCACGAAAAGUGAUAGUGUUUGCUUCCCUCGUCCUAAUGCCUUUUCACACGUGCGUGGACCGGAGAAGCAACAGUCUCUACCUCAAGUCUUUGCGGCUCUGAAUGCUAAUUCCUCUGGCUACGCUGGAAGUCAUGGAGCUGCCCUAGAAGUGGCAGGACAACCCACCAGUCUAGAUUCCGGCUGCUAUGCUGCCUGUGUCACAUUGGCUAAUAUUGUCGAUUCCGCAGUGCGUGGCACACAAGCCAACACACCUUCGCUCACCUCGAGGGCACUCGUUACUGAAUUUUUCGGUCGCCUUAGUGCUCUUGCCACUGCUGAUUUGAAAUCUACCAAUCUGAAAGCCAUAUUGUUGAAGAUUUUUGAGGAUAUUCUCCAGCUCGUGCCUCGGGGCGCCCCUUUGAAUUCACCAACGCACCUUGGCCUAGGUGUCCUCAGCGACGAGUACUACACCUCUGGAGGUGUGGUGAGGAUGUGGGCUUUUCGGCGGAUGGCGGAUGCAGAGAGCUAUUGGGUAUUUAGACACGGAGUAGCCAUUUCCUCCGGUGCCGUGGCUCUAAUGGAGGCUCUCUUUCCUAUGACUCCGUUGAACGCGACUGGGCUAGUUCUAGAUCCUCGUGUUGGACGUAUUGAGACCCGGGGUCUUAGAUUUGAUCUUCCCCCUACGCCAAACACUAUAAACAUUCCCUUACAGCAACAAAAAGACCUUCGCCCAGUGGAUCUGGUUGCAAAAACAUCUACCGCUCUAGCCAACAUUUUCAGUUCAAAUUUCGCUCCCCUUCGGCCACACGUGCCCCUGUCAUCAGGACGAACAUCAGUCCUUCAGCCAAUUUCUCUUCCUCUUCGUCCGGCACCCCUGCGUCUGACACCCCAGUUGGCCGGUCUGAUCUGCCUUCCUGGUGUUCCGGCUACUAUUGGUCCAUUUGCCGCUGCCAUGGCAACGCUGAAUCAGGCAGUGAGUCAGAGACGCGCAGCUGUUGUGGCGUGUCUGAGAGUCCUUCUGCGUGACGAUUUCAUUUUGUGGCACCGAGGAAGGCAGGCAGCAGUGCAUGCAAGCCUCCUGGCCGAUCUGCUGGCCAUUGAGAAUGAUGAAACCUUGAUGGCUACCGUAGGAUCACCGAUCAAUGUACCGGAUCUCUCAAAUGACGCACUGAUACAUAUGAUAACCCUGUCAGUGGACGGGUUUAAUUAUAGAAAUAGAGUUCUCUCUUCGAGCGAAAAGGCAUUAAGCGACAUCAUUAACAGUUCAUGCUCCCCUGAAAAUCUCUCAUGUAUGGAUCCUUCAUGGCUGCCGUGGUAUUAA